AUGGGAAAGUCGAAGGCCAACAAGAAAGUGGCAAUCGCUGCUAAACCUGUUAAUUCUUCUGCUCUUACUCAGGGUCGCAUCAGUUUUUCGCAAAAAAGCCGAGCCGAAACCGCCGAAAUUCGAUCGAAAAAGGAAUCCGACGAUUUGGACCCUCCAAUCGUCAACCACAACAGCGACACCGAGAUGGAGGAGGUGGAGAAUCCACUGAAGUACGAUCGCAUUGUCCAGAACAUCGAUUCGUCUCAGUGGAACCUGCAAACCCUUGCCUAUCUAUGCACAAUCUACCGUGCUCGUGGUCAAUGCAACAAUAAAAAAGAAGUGGUCUUUGGAAACGAGCUGUUCUCGGCAUGGGAGAACAAGCCCAAUUUCCACUGGCCUUGGUGUGAAGGGUAUUCUGAAAAUUUCGUAGACCCUCCGGCGACUGAAUCCUGGGAGGAAGCAGCCGACAAGCUACUACAGAUUUGUGAUGGGGACUGGAACUUGGUCGAGCAACGCAUUUGA